AUGCUGGAACAUAGGCUACUCGGAAAUAAACUUCGAGUACUUAACUUUUAUGGUAACCUCUCGACGUUUUACUCGUUUUGGGAAUUAUUUGAAGAAUUGGUACACAAGCAACCAUAUUCAAACAUCGAAAAGUCAACUCUCAUUAACUGCUGCAAAGGAGACGCAGCAAGAACACUCCAGAUGAUCCCUCGAACUGGCGAUUGCGCAAUUAAAAGGCCAGUAUCAGGACCCAAGGCGAAUAAACAUGCAGAUGAUAAACUGAAAUCAAUGAAACAAUGCCCAGAUGACUAUCGCUCUUUAGGGAACAAUCUCAAUCACAUCCAGGCCAUCAUAGCCACCCUGGAAAAACAAGGAGAGAUUGUCAAUACCACGAACAUGAGAACUAUGUUCUUGGAGACGUUUUCAAAGAAAAUCCAAGACGAAAUGGUGGAAAAGGAGUUUGAUUCUAGUAGCCCAUGA